AUGCCGCUCUUGAAGCCCUCUGCGGCUAGCUGUUGUUGCCGAUGGGCGCGGUGGAAGGCGCAACCAAGACCAGGCUGCCACAACGAUGCAGGUGCACUGGCUUCGAGGACCGUGGAUGGAGGUUCGCAGCUGAUUGCUGCGUGCAGCGGCCCGGCAAACUUGAGCGAGGGCGGCGCUCGGAGGUGCGGCGCUGGUGGUACAGCUAGCUACGCGCCGUGGGAGCAGCGCGCAGUGAGGGGUGCCAGAGGGGUGCAGCAGUUCGCAGAGGAGAGAACUGGAGCAACUGAGGCGAGAGAACGGGGUCGGGCCACGGUGUGGGAGAGCCCAAAGCAGCCGGAGAAGGCGGUCAGCGCAGAGGCGAGGAUCGUGUUGCUAGGCGCGUCUGCCAAGCUAAAGCACUGCGCCGGCGAAUCAGACUUGUCUGGCGCAAAUCGCAGCACCAGCGGGGGCGCGGUUGCCGAACUCGAAACCAGGAGGCAAAAAGAAGCGGGGUGGCUUGAAGUGUCGCACUUUGCAGCUGUUGCGUGCGUCUGCUGUGUGCAGGCGGAGAUGGCGGCACCGCCUGUGGUGAGACGGGCUGGCUCUGACGUAUGUGAGAGUACAAUGCAAUGUACUGUGAAUGGGAAGCUCGGCCCGCGGUAG